AUGCCAAAAUCAGGAUCGAUUUUACAUUUCAAAAAUCACAACAAACAAAUACCUAUUCCUUUUGUAGCUUAUGCGGAUUUUGAAUGUUUUACCAAACCAAUGAAUACUUGUUGUCCUAAUCCAGAAGAUUCUUAUAAUUAUAAUUACCAAAAACACGAACCAUCAGGAUUUUGUAUUUUUAUUAAAGGAGUGGUUGAUAAAAGAAUAAAACCAAUCACAUAUACUAAAAAAGAAGAAGAUGAAAAUAUACCAAAAAUAUUCGUAGAAAAACUAACAGAAGCAACUAGAGGUAUUUAUAAUGAUUUUUAUCGCAGACCAAAACCUCUUAUACUAACAAAAGCCGAACAAAAAUCAUUUGAUAAAGCAAUGAUUUGUCAUAUAUGUAACAAAGAUUUAUUUGAAGACAAAGUUAGAGAUCAUUGUCAUUUUACAGGUCAGUAUCGUGGUGCUGCUCAUAACAGUUGUAAUCGUAAGUGUAGGAAACCUUUAGUUUUACCAGUUAUAUUUCAUAAUCUUCAAGGGUAUGACGCUCAUUUGUUUAUGAAACAACUCGCAACUUUACCAGGUGAGUUAAAUUGCAUUCCUUCAACGGAAGAAAAAUACAUAUCCUUUUCUAAAAAGAUUAAAGUUGAUGAGUAUAGGUCUAAAAAAAACGAUGAAAUGGUUUCAUUGUAUUUUGAAAUUCGUUCCGUAGAUUCAUUUAAGUUUCUUCAAACAUCACUUGCUAAUCUUGUUUCAAAUUUACAACCAGAUGAUUUUCAUAAUACAAAACGAGAAUUUAAGAAAAAUGUAGAUCUACUUACUCGUAAGGGAGUUUAUCCUUAUGAUUAUGUUUCAUCACUUGAAAAACUAACCGAAACACAAUUACCACAAAAAGAAGAAUUUUAUUCGAAACUAAAUGAUGAAGACAUAACUGAAGAUGAUUACCAACACGCAAUAAACGUGUGGAAUACUUUUAAAUGUAAAUCAUUAAGAGAUUAUCACGAUCUUUACCUAAAGUCUGAUGUCCUACUUUUGUCAGAUGUUUUUGAAAACUUAAGAAAAACUUGUCUAAAACAUUACAAGUUAGAUCCAGCACAUUAUUACACAUCUCCAGGUUUAGCUUGGGAUGCUUGUCUCAAAGAAACAGGGCAGGAAUUACAGUUACUACAUGAUUAUGAUAUGUUAAUGAUGAUUGAAAAAGGUAUUCGUGGUGGUAUUACUCACAUAUCGAAAAGAUACGCAGAAGCGAAUAACAAAUAUAUGAAAUCUUACAAUCCUGAUGAGGAGUCUAGUUAUAUUCAAUAUCUCGAUGCAAAUAACCUUUAUGGUUGGGCAAUGUCUCAAUCACUUCCUACACACGGAUUUAAAUGGAUGAGAAACCUAACAAAAGAGACAUUAAUGGAAAUCCUAGAAAAAGUAAAUCAUAGUAUGUCGAAUCGUGGAAGAAAAGGAUAUAUAUUUGAAGUUGAUUUGGAAUAUCCUUCAUCCUUAUAGGAAAAACAUAAUGACUAUCCUCUAGCACCUGAGAAGAUGAUUGUUAAUGGCGUUGAAAAACGAAUUUGUCAUUUUAAACCAAGAAAAAAUUAUGUUGUACAUUAUCGAAAUCUUAGACAAUAUCUUGAAAUGGGAAUGAGAAUAACUGCGGUUCAUAGAGGAAUAUCUUUUAACCAAAGACCUUGGAUGGAACCAUAUAUACGAAAAAACACAGAACUUCGGAAAACAGCAGCCAACAGUUUUGGGAAAGACUUUUUUAAACUGAUGAAUAAUUCAGUAUUUGGAAAAACAAUAGAAAAUAUACGAAAAAGACAAAAUAUAGAACUUGUUGAUAAUCGUAAGCUAAACUAA